UUAUAUUAGUGCAGAACACUGUACCUUUAAUUUAAAUGCCCUUGGAGUCUGCUGGGGAAGAGAAAUAAUACUGUCAGUCAGUAUGACAUGCAGAUGAGUGCCGUCGAUCUUAGAAUCACCGCACACUUCACUCACAUUUGGGCAGUCAUGGGCCAAAACCAGAGUGUGGAGCCACAGUGUGGCAGUGGAGGCAGCAGCAAUGGGAGGCCAUACAGCACCCUAUGACAAAAUGGAACCCACCAGCAGUGUGAGGAGACCUGAAAGUGGCACAUGGCAGAGUGUGGCGAUGGAGACAGCAGCAAUGGGAGGCCGUACAGGGACCCAUGACACACUCUGGACCUGGCAGCAGCAUGAGGAGGCGGUACAGGGGCCCAUGGCAGAUUACGGGCCUGGCAGCAGCAUCGGAGCAGAGGCGGUACAGGGGCCCAUGGCAGAGUGGCGGAGCCCGUCAGCAGCGUGAGCAGACGACAGAGGCACAU